AUGGUAUCUCUCAAUUUUUGUGUCUUGGCUGUUACAGCUCUUCUUUCGAGCGCAGAAGCAGGACAAAAACAACCGAGAUUUGAACCAAUACACUCUCGUGCACUGACGAAUUCAAGUGGCGUUUCGCUCUCAAUCUUGACUAAGACUGGUGUGAGAAACGCAACGGCACCAAAUCUUUACGGAUGGAUGUUCGAGGAUAUCAACCACUCUGGGGAUGGAGGAUUAUACGGGGAACUGUUGACGAAUCGAGCCUUUGAGGGUUCCGAUAUUACCUUCGGGUCAUUUCCAGGAUUCACGGGAAAUAGCAUCGUCUGGCAAGAAAACGAGUGCAAUCCGACUGGUCCUGUAAUCACUGGAUACAAACCGUUGGGAAAUGCCACCAUCAGACUGGACAAUUAUCGUCCAUUGUCACACUCUCACCAAACAGUCCUGGCCCUCGACAUCCCUACCACAGUUAACACCUCCACUACACCUGUCGGAUUCGCCAACAUGGGAUGGUGGGGGAUUCCAGUUUCGCCACAGACUUACAACGUCUCAUUUUUCAUCUACCCGAAUCAAUUCCGGAACCAAAACAAUCUGAAGACAGAAAUCACAGUAUCGCUCCAGUCAAACCUGACAGGUGAGAUCUUCGCUUCCACAGUAAUCCCCGCUCAGUCUUGGAAUGUCGUGAACUACACACAUGUCACUGCGCAAAUAGUUUGUGAUGUUCAGGCCCCGAAUACGAACAACACUCUUGCUAUUACGUUUGAUCCCAAGGAAGCAGCUGGUCAGACGUAUUAUUUUGAUCAGAUUAGUUUGUUUGGAGAGACGUUUAAAGGGUAUAGAAAUGGGCUGAGAAAGGAUUUGGCGGAGCAUAUUUAUGAUUUGGGGCCAAAGUUUUUGAGGUGGCCGGGUGGGAAUAAUUUGGAGGGCUAUUCGUUUCAGAGACGGUGGAAAUGGUGGGAGACGAUUGGACCGCUGGAAGACAGAUGGCCAAGGCCUGGAAAUUGGCAGUAUUACAAUACCAACGGAAUGGGUCUUCUUGAGUUUCUGGAGUGGACAGAGGCAAUGGAAGCAGAAAAUGUCCUCGGGAUCUUCAGCGGCUACUCCCUCAUUGACGGCAAUGGAGGCAACUCAGCCGAGUAUCCCCUCACAGAAGAAGCUAUGUAUCCCGUCCUCAAAGAAGCUCUCGAUGAGCUUGAGUUCUGCAUGGGCUCCACCGAUACCUAUUGGGGAGCCAAGCGUGCUGAGUACGGCCAUCCUGAGCCUUUCAAGAUCCAAUACAUAGAGAUCGGCAACGAAGACUGGUUCUCCAAAGCGUAUCCCUUCCGCUUCAAGUACCUCUACGACGGACUCAAAGCCGCCUAUCCAGACAUCAUCCUCAUCAGCUCAGCAUACAACGAAAACCCCACCUACACAAUCGACCUCCCCCCAGGAUCAAUGUGGGACACACACCACUACGAAGAACCCAAAUUCUUCAUCAACCAAUUCGAUUUUUUCGACAACUGGCAAGAGCGCACCAACAACACCAACGUAACAAUCAUGAUCGGCGAGUACUCCGUCUACCAAGUCGACACACCCUCCGGCGCCGUCAACUUCUCCAACCCACCAGACCUACAUGUCUCGUAUCCGCGCAUGAUUUCUGCUCUAGCAGAAGGAGUGUAUCUGCUUGGGGCAGAGAGAAACCCGAAUGUGGUGAAGCUCAGCAGUUAUGCGCCGAGUCUCCAGAAUUGGAAUUGGUAUAACUGGACGCCGAAUCUGAUUGGGUUUGAUGCUGAUCCUGCGCAUACGGUGCUGAGUACGAGUUAUUGGUUACAGAAGCUGUUUAAUGCGUAUCGUGGGACGGAGAGUGUGACGGUGAAGAAUACUGAGGGAGACUUUGGGGAUUUGUAUUGGGCGAGUUCGGCUGAGGAAGGGAAGGUGUUUUUGAAAGUUAUGUGAGUAUUUACCUCGGUGUCAAGUGGAGCAUGAUGUACUGACGAGUGUUAGAAAUGUGAAUGGGACGGAGGUGCCGUUGAAGGUGGACUUGGAGUCGAGUUGGACCUCUGUCAAUGGAACGAGCAUGUCGAACCCGGAUCCCAACGGCUUCAAUUUCAAAAACAACGCCACGGCCAUCGUACCGAGACCGCUGAAUCUCACUAACUCCUCACCAGUGGGUAAUCGAACCUGGACUUGGAGUGUUCCGGCAUAUUCUAUCACGGUACUGCAGUUCAACUUGUAAAUAUGUUCUGGCGAAGGAAGCGUGCUUAAUCAUAGGUCACGAUGAGACCAUCAUCCUUCAUAGUAACGUAGAAAUAUAACUUACUUCUGGCUUGACUCUGGUUGCUGAACGAGAUUAUUCUUUGGAAUUUGAUUUGCCGGUGCCUGCGGCACAUUUAUUUGACUUUUGUUACAAAUUUGAUUUACUGACAUUGAAAAUGUAUGGACUCGGGCAAGGACGUUGCGAUUUUUU